GUCUGUCAACGCCUUGUCUUUUUUCACACAGCUGUGGUUUUGCAGAACUAAAUUUUGUGGUGCUGAAGAAAAACAGAACACACGGCCAAGAUGUCUGAAGUCGCUACCAGAAUUCCGAAACCGGUGCUGCGUGGACUCCACAAUGCCACCAUCAAGCGCAACCUGAUCGUGUCCGGCGUCCUGUGUACCGUUGCCGUCAUUGCGAUGAAAGUGAUGCACAACGAUCCGAAAGUGCGGGACUACGCGGAGUUCUACAAGACCUACGACGCGAACAAGGCUUUCCAGCGCAUGAAGGAUGCCGGUUUGCUGCAAUCGGUUAAGGAUUAAAUAUGGCGCAGAUUAGUAUACGCCAUCCUAGUAACUGAGCGAGAGAGAGAGAGA